UAGAUUAGUUUGGUUCGAUUCGCGCAGCAGGUUGCAAUUUCUUUUGGCAAUGUCUUGAUUUUAAAUCUAAUUAAAGAGAUACAAAUUCUUUAGGUAACGUGAAUCUUCUUAAUAUUUACAUAUCACCAACUUGUAAAUAUUCAUCAGUUAUAGAAUGGCAAAUAAAGUGUUAAAAAAUUGUAUAUAUUUUUCUAACCUAGUUGGUACUAGACAACUUAAGUACAUAAAUAAACCGAUGUUUUCGGUUUCUUUCGUUAAUAAACACAGUUUAAAUCACAGUAGGAACAUAAGUGGUAGUUUAAUAUGUUAUGGAAGUGGUGCUAGAGCGGAAACUACGAGCACUACACAGGGUUUAUCAAAAUUACAAGCACAAGAAUUGGUGCUCAGAUUGAACCAAGAGGAAAGGCAAAUGCUAUUGAAUGCACUUCAAGAAUAUCAGUCUAAAUUAGUGAAGGAAGAAUACGAAGGACAGCUAGCUGCAUCAAGAUGGAGAAGCAGAUUUGGCAGACCCAGUAAAUUACCAACUUUGGGCGAUGUUGAUCCCACUGGAACUUAUUGUCCAGUCCCAGAAGACUGGCUCAAAAAAAAAUGUGCUGAUGCAGUUCCCAGGCCGUCCACCAAAAAUUUAAUUGAUAUUGCAAUUGCCAAUUCAAUUCCAUUCGUAGGAUUUGGGUUCCUGGAUAAUUUUUUCAUGCUCCUUGCUGGCGAUUAUAUUGACAUGUACUUAGGUUCCUAUCUGUGUAUUUCUACAAUGGCUGCUGCAGCUUUAGGUAAUACGAUGUCCGAUAUUCUGGGAAUAGGUUCAGCCUUUUACGUUGAACGUAUAGCCAAUAGAAUUGGAUUUUCUCCACCUAAGCUAUCGCCCAUUCAAAUGGACAUGCCUUGCUCUAGAAAUUUCGCGAACCUUGGUCGGGUUCUAGGGGUAACUUUAGGAUGUUUGCUUGGCAUGAUGCCUCUACUCUUCAGAAGGCCCAAAAAGGAAGAAACAACUGAUGAUAAAAAAAGUACCUCAUCAUUGCUGGUUGAUCCUCAAAAUUGAUCAACUUUUAUUUUCAAAGGAACUAUGAUGGAUUCCUAUUUUGACGUCUGAAACUUGAAAAUAAUUUAUCGAUUUUUCACUUAGUUUAAUAUCGAUUUUGUGCUAGUCGAUAUAUUUUAAGCCAUAUUAAUCUUUUAAUAAUUAUGUUUUGAUUUGUAUUAUUUUUAUGCUGUUUUAUUUAUUUAUCAAUUUUAUAUGAAUUUCUUGUAGAAUAUGUCAGUUUUUGAUUCUUUGCAAUUAUUUGAACUCUUUGUGAUCAUAAUAACUGUUUUUGAUUUGCUCAAUGUACUGAUUCUUUUUCAUUCAGCGUAAUGUUGACUGAAUUACUGUGCAAUAAAUUGUUUUUAUACACAAGCAGACAUAUUGAUUGAUAAUAAUACAUUAAAGAAUUUUGCGAUUUAGGUACAAAACGUGUUGAUAGAAAUUAAAAAUACGGAAUCGAAAUUUAUAAUUUGAGGGAAAUAUCAAAAAUGUUUGAAACAUGUACUUCAUCCAUCACAGGGGCAGUAUGUAAGACUCAUAUUUGGUCUUCCGUUCUUGUUAUGUAAUUUUUAUACAGUUUAUUUUGAUUGACAACAGUUGUUUAACAUUACAUAGCUUUCAAUUAUGAAAUUCUAGCUGUUACGAUCUAGUCUGUUCAAGAUUAACUCUUUGGUUUAAUCGCAAAAGUUUGUGUAUCCACCGCAACAUUGAGUCUCAAUAAAGCAAACUUUGUCAACAAUUUGAAAUGCAUUUUGUAUCCGCUGUUUAUUUCUACGAUUCUAGAAGAAUCAGUUACCAAAUGGUUUUUAGCAAUUACAUUAGGAAAUGAACUGAAUGACGGGAUUAUAAAUACAUAAUCGAACCUAGUAGGAUUUCUUUCAAUGAUACCUUGAGAAGACUUUGAAAAUGCCCUGCAUAUGUUUUCCACUAUGUGUUAUCUAUUCUAAAUGUUUAUCAUCUUUUUUACUCACAUUGAAUCAGUCGUAUUCACUUUUUCCCAAAGAAGAUUCUCACUUUAAGUAAACUUAACGAGGACCACACAAAAAAGCUUAGCGUCGCAAGUUAAGGAAGGCUGCUGCAUAGAAGAUAGUAAAAAGACCAAAUAGAAAAUGACUGUAUCAAUUUUGCUUCAAAACAUAUUCUGUUUAUACUUGAUGAAAGUUAGUUGACAAAUUCUUAUUCUAAUAUUCUUGUGAUAACUAUUUCUGCCUUCUUCAUUGAAUGUGAUAUAUUUCUCAAGAUGACAUAAAUGAAUUUUAGGAUGUUACCUGUUUGUUUGAUUGUAGAAAAAGUUUGUUUUGGUGCACUAUAUUCUUAUUAAUUUUACAUGUAAGGAAUUAAACCAAUGUAUUGUGGAAUAUUUAAUUUCUCAUUCGUGUUAGAUUGCUCUUUUUAAAAAUGUAAUUGUUUAUCUCUAUGCUGAAUUUUAGAUGGAGAUAAUCACUAGGUACCGUAAAUACCGAAUGAAGAUUUUUAAAAUAGACUUCGUUGAUAGGCAUGUAUUUUAGAUCAUGCUGUACUGUUAUUCAAAGCCAUAUGAAUCCAGCCAUUCGAAAAACAAUUGAACCCUGUAAUUUCAUGUUAUAUAUUGUUCCUCGUUAGCAAUGUUAAGUGUUACCAUGCUGUAAUUAGAUCAAAUAAAACGCUGCAAAUUUUA